UGAGCAGGCCGGUGAGAGGAAAUCAAGCCGCGAUAGGCAGAAGUUCUGUGAUUAGCCGGCGGAAGGCCCCGUGUCCAAUCUCCAUUGAGAAACGCUGUUUGGCUUCAGGCAAUCGUAAGGAUGGGAGGAGCGGUCGUGUACAGAAACCUCGUAGUCUCCGGUGGGAAAUAGGGUUUGUGUGAGGAGCAACCGUGAGCUGCGGCUGCGAAGCAGAGUUUGCUUCCGUGAGUGGAAUUAAAAAAUUGGCCAAUGGCUCAAGGCCGAAAGCACUCAGGUAUCCUCGGGAGGCCGGGUUUUGGUACUCUAUAACUCCCUAAACCACCAAUAAAAUAGCUGAAUUUAACGGCGUGAUAGUCGUAAUGCUGACGAUUGAAGGACAGAACGAUUUUCCAAUGGAAGUGAAAAAAGGCAAGUGGGAGGAGCGCUCUGUAGCGACAGACACACUUUUAGACCAAUGACGAGGCCAAUUCCAGUAAGUAGGCGUGCUCUUCAGUUGAAAGACAGAUCAAAAGAGCCAGUGAUCGAAGUGGCGUUUGAGCCCCUCCCAACCAGGAGGGCGGGUUCCUCCGGGGAAGCUCUGGGAGGCGGGAAGAGGGGAAGUGGGCGGAUCUCCGCACACCCCGGCGGAAGAGGCAGAUUCAGGAAGCCAUUACGCAGCUGGCUGGCAGCGGCCGGGCCGGUCGGGGCUGGGCCCUACGCACUUUGCGUAGCGAGGGGGGUUACCAAAGGCCUGGUGCUUGGCCCGGAACAAGCCCGGCCUAUCCCCUGUAGGGGAGGGGUGGAUGAGGGGAGAGGCUGGGGAGGAAGAGAGGGGGAAUUGGGGCGUUUGAGGGGAUUAUAAUUUCUUUAAAAAGGGGGGUGGGGAGAGGCCAUGGCCGUCCCAGCCAAGAAGAGGAAGAUGAACUUCUCUGAGCGAGAGGUGGAGAUCAUCGUGGAGGAGCUGGAACUGAAGAAGCACCUGCUGGUGAACCACUUCAAUGCCGGGGUCCCUCUGGCUGCCAAGAGUGCCGCCUGGCACGGCAUCUUGAGAAGGGUCAACGCUGUGGCCACCUGCCGCAGGGAGUUGCCUGAGGUCAAGAAGAAGUGGUCUGACCUCAAGACCGAGGUCCGUCGCAAGGUUGCCCAGGUCCGGGCCGCGGUGGAGGGUGGCGAGGCCCCAGGGCCCACUGAGGAGGAUGGAGCUGGUGGGCCUGGGACAGGUGGUGGCAGUGGUGGCGGUGGCCCAGCCGUAGCCCCCGUCCUGCUCACCCCCAUGCAACAGCGCAUCUGCAACCUGCUGGGCGAGGCCACCAUCAUCAGCUUGCCCACUACCACAGAGAUUCACCCCGUGGCCCUCGGACCCACAGCCACUGCAGCUGCAGCCACGGUCACCCUGACACAGAUCCCCACGGAGACCACCUAUCACACGCUCGAGGAGGGAGUGGUAGAGUACUGCACGGCGGAGGCCCCCCCACCGCUGCCAGCCGAGGCCCCCGUGGAGAUGAUGGCCCAGCACGCCGACACCUCGGUCAAACCCCAAGCGCUCAAGAGCCGCAUCGCCCUCAACUCGGCCAAGCUGAUCCAGGAGCAGCGGGUCACCAAUCUGCACGUGAAGGAGAUUGCCCAGCACCUGGAGCAGCAGAAUGACCUCCUGCAGAUGAUCCGCCGCUCCCAGGAGGUGCAGGCCUGCGCCCAGGAGCGCCAGGCCCAGGCCAUGGAGGGCACCCAGGCGGCGCUGAGCGUCCUCAUCCAGGUCCUCCGGCCCAUGAUCAAAGAUUUCCGACGCUACCUGCAGAGCAACACGCCCAACCCCACGCCCCCCUCGGAGCCCGGACAGGUGGCUCAGAACGGGCAGCCCGACAGCAUCAUCCAGUGAGGGCAGGGGCUGCGACGACCUUCUGCUGUGAUUGGAUGACACCACUGUGGUCUUGGAAGUGGGUUUUGUGACUGGCCUUAGGGCACAUGGCCAGCCCUCUCUUUGAUGGACCGUUAGGGGUCCGCGGUUUCUGAGAAGUGAAGGAGAUUGAGAAGAACUUGUUGGGCUCCUGGGACCCAAACUGUUCUUACCCCCGCCCCCCGCCCCUUGAGCUGCCUGGCCAAGAGCCUGAAGGUUGGCUAGGUGGGGGUUGGGCGCCGGUGAUUCUACACAUGGUGUCACGCGCCAGGGCUUGCGACGUGAGCCACUCUGUCUGGAAUGCCUGGAAGGGAGGUUCUCACUGGGAGCUGUCUCACAGCUGGGGAUGGGGGAGGGGGGGUCCUGUGCUGAAAGGCUCCCCCACCCCACAGUGUCAUCAGUGUGAUAAUGUCCGUGGAGCGGGUAGUGGUCCAGUACCUUCUUCCUGCCUUGGGAGGCAGAGUGACUGGGCCUGAGCAGGAAGCUCCACCCCUUUUCUCCUUCCCACUGUGCCUCCGUUCUCAGGGGACUCUAGUCCAUCUGUGCUUUCUCCAUCCCCCGCACCUCUCCGGGCCUAGCAGGGGGGCCCUCGCUGUCCCCCACCCGGCUGGCUCUGCAGCCGCACCCAGGAUGCGGCCCGCUGGGCUCAGGGAUGCUGGGUGUGCUGGGGACAGCCUGGCCCCCAUCUGGUCUUCCACUGCGUCCUGGGGCAGCCUGACAGCUUUUGACUCAGGACGAGCAUUAGGCUCUGGGUGCUGUGAAUCUGAGAGAAAACAGACCAGCGUGGAACACUGUUGCUCCCCUGCAGUGGGUCUGAGGUGACCACGUGGCUUCUUCCAGAAGGCUUGCUUCAGGCCAGAUGUAUUUGUUCUGUACACCUACCCCUCCUGGGAAGGGGUGGCAGCUCCGGCCACACCCGUCCUCUUCUCUCUACUGACUGCACGAUUCUGACAUUCGGCGUGGGGGAAAAAGAAAAAAAGUGGGGGGGGAAAGG